GUUAACAGCGGAGACGGACAACCUUAAAGCUCGAUUUAGGGGUCUCACUGGCCCAGACAGAUGCAAGGCCCCCACUGAAGCUGGCCCCUUUGACGGAAUUUGGCAGCAACCCGGGGGCCCUUGGAAUGCCGGGCGCAGGCACUACUUUCAGGCAGUCUAGUAAGCAGCCUCGCGCCAGGGCACGUCGAAUCGACACGCCAACCCACAUCAUCAUCACGACCUCCCAAAUCACGACGACACUUUGCGCUGCGCGCUGACACAACAUCGACGUGCCGAUUCAUUUGCCCAAGAAGCGACUGCCUGAAAGUUCCAAUCGCAAAGCAUGGCCGACGCGCCGCGAGGUGUCGACCAUGUCGACACCAUGAACUCUGACGAAUCUGGUCCGAACCAGCCGGACAAGAAGAAGAGCCGUCGCCCAGCCAAUACGGCAUUCAGACAGCAACGUCUCAAGGCGUGGCAACCCAUCCUCACACCCAAGACGGUCCUCCCACUCUUCUUUGUCAUCGGCGUCAUCUUCGCACCCAUUGGCGGCCUCCUCUACUGGGCCAGCACACAGGUCCAGGAGAUCCGUCUCGACUACACCAACUGCCUGCGCAACGCUCCCGACUUUGAGGAUGGCUUCAAGAGCAUGGACAGCGGCGACGUGCACCACGCCUUCAAGUCCAACAACAAGUCCAUCGAUGCCCGCUGGGCUGUGAAGCGCAACGUCGAGGUCGAAGUGCCCGACUCGGGCGGCGUCACCAUCGACACGGAUCAGUGCUACCUGCGCUUCUACAUCCCCGAGAGCAUGGGCCCGCCGGUCCUCUUCUACUACUACCUCACCAACUUCUACCAGAACCACCGCCGAUACGUCGACUCAUUCGACUCGGAGCAGCUCAAGGGAAGCGCCCGGUCCUACGACGACAUUGACGGCAGCGAGUGCGACCCUCUCGAGGUGAACAAGACGGCCAGGCUUCCCUACUACCCCUGCGGCCUCAUUGCCAACUCCCUCUUCAACGACUCCUACUCCAGCCCCGUGCUCAGGAACCCCCCCGGCGCCACCGGCAACGAGACCGAGGCCUACAACAUGACCUCCAACGGCAUCGCCUGGGACUCUGACCGCGCGCUGUACGGCAAGACAAAGUACAAGCCCGACGAGGCCCUGCCGCCGCCCAACUGGCGCAAGAGAUACCCCGACGGCUACACGGACGACAACCCCCCUCCCAACCUGAAGGACUGGGAGCACCUCCACGUCUGGAUGCGCACGGCCGGUCUGCCCACCUUCAGCAAGCUGUACCAGCGCAACGACUCGGACGCCAUGAAGGAGGGUGAAUACGAGAUUAUCAUCGAUGACCAUUUCCGCGUCUCCGAGUUCAAGGGCACCAAGUCCGUCCUCAUCAGCACCCGCACCGUCAUGGGCGGCCGCAACCCCUUCCUCGGCAUCGCCUACAUGGUUGUCGGCGGCGUCUGCAUCCUGCUAGGCGGCAUCUUCACCGCCACCCACCUCAUCAAGCCCAGGAAACUCGGCGACCACACCUAUCUCUCGUGGAACAAUGUGCCCGCCAACAAGAACGCCAACCAGAACCCACCGUCUACCGCGACCGCCUCUGGCCGUCACUUGCCCGGCGAGGCCUAGUUGGCCC